AUGGCUGCAAAAAGAAGGAGCUAUACAGUUGAGUACAAGAAAGGAAUUGUGGAGGACUCCCAGGGCAAGAAUCUUACAGCUUUCUGCAAGGAGAAGAAUUUGGAUAUCCGAAUGGUCCAAAAAUGGCGGGCAGAAUACGAUAACCUCAGUCUACAGGUGGUCAUAGGAAAUGCUAAGAAGCGUAAGUGUGGUGCAGGUCGGCAACCUUCAGUUCCUGAGCUGGAAGACAUGAUCAGUGAGUGGAUCGCUGAAAGGAGAGCAAAGGCUUUGGUUGUGCGCAGGGCUGAUAUUCAAGCAUUUGCCCUAGCAAUGGCAUCACAAUUUGAAGUAUCCCCUGAAUUCAAAGCAUCACAACACUGGCUGGAUGGCUUCCUUCAGCGAUAUGAACUGUCUCUCAGAAAAUCAACAACACUGUUUAGGUUGGAAGAUGCUGAAGUUGUUAAGCGAGCACUUGCAUUCAAGUCCUUUGUUGAUGGCAUCGACUUUUCUAAAUACCAACUUUGCAACAUGAUUGCUAUGGAUGAAACUGCAGUGUUUAUGGGCCAAGGAGCCCAAACAACAAUUGAACAGAGGGGUGCCUCCUCAAUCUACGUUCCCUCCACUGGUCAUGAAAGUUCUCGAGUUACCUGUAUUUUGGCAAUUCGUCUGGAUGGAAAGAAAGCCACACCUGUUAUCAUCGCUAAGGGCAAGAAAGAUAAGAUUGAACGUGUUUCUGGCAUUUAUGUUCUGGAAUCCGAAAAAGCCUGGUGCACACAAGCAGUUAUAAGGAGGUGGCUUGAUUUAAUGCUGCCACUUGUUACGCGAGGUGGUCAAAGAGGUCUGCUAGUCUGGGAUUCAGCCAGCACUCACCGCGCUAAAGACAUGAAGAAGUUCCUUGCAGAGAGAAGAAUAGAUCAAAUAAUGAUUCCUGCAGGAAUGACUGCCUAUCUGCAGACUCUUGAUAUUGCAAUAAACAAGCCAUUCAAAGACCAUUUGCGUAUGGAAAUCAACGACUACAUUGAAAAUAGAAUGACAAGAAAUCAGCGUGGAAACUUUGUGAAACCUAACCUGCAAGAGGUCGUGAAUUGGGUGAAGAAUUCAUGGGAUAAAAUCACUGACAGUGUUGUUGCCAAUGCACUCCGAGCAGGUUACCUGGAUAAGAGGUGCUCAUUUACUGAGAGCUCUAUCGCUCAACAUGAAAGAUUGGGGCCAAUGGUUCUAAAGGAACUGGAAUUGCAAGAAAUGAAGGAUGGAAUUCCGGGUUUGGAGUGUUAUGAUGAUGUUCCAGAAGAAGACGACUUAACUAUAAUUGAAUAA